GUGCAUGGCUUGUUCAUAGCAUUCAUCAGGCCGGAGCAACUCCCUCGUAGAAAGAUUUGGGAGUGCCCAGCAGAGGGUUUCAACAAUGGCGAGGCAGCAAGUUGCUUCCAUGCUUUCAGUUGCUCUGAUCGUUGGAGCAUUUGCUUCCAUUCCUACAACCGUGCAAUCCAUCGGCGUGUGCUACGGCGUCCUGGGCAACAACCUCCCGUCACGGAGCGACGUGGUGCAGCUCUACAGGUCCAGGGGCAUCAACGGGAUGCGCAUCUACUUCCCCGACAGGCAAGCCCUCGACGCCCUGCGCGGCUCCGGCAUGGCCCUCAUCCUCGACACAGGCAACGACGUCCUCGGCCAGCUCGCAUCCAGCCCCUCCAGCGCGGCGUCGUGGGUCCAGAGCAACGUGCGGCCCUACUACCCGGCCGUGAACAUCAAGUACAUCGCCGUCGGGAACGAGGUCGCGGGCAGCGCCACGCAGAGCAUCCUCCCGGCGAUGCGCAACCUGAACGCCGCCCUCGCCGCCGCGGGGCUCGGGAGCAUCAAGGUGUCCACGUCGGUGCAGUCCAACGUCAUCGCCAACUCCUUCCCGCCGUCCAGCGGCGUGUUCGCGCAGGGCUACAUGGUGGAGAUCGCCCGGUACCUGGCGAGCACCGGCGCGCCGCUGCUGGCCAACGUGUACCCCUACUUCGCCUACCGGGGCAACCCGCGGGACAUCAGCCUCGGCUACGCGACGUUCCAGCCGGGCACGACGGUGAGGGACGGCGGCAACGGGCUGACCUACACGAACCUGUUCGACGCCAUGGUGGACGCCACCGUCGCGGCGCUGGAGAAGGCUGGGGCGCCCAACGUGAGGAUCGUCAUCUCCGAGAGCGGGUGGCCGUCGGCCGGCGGGUUCGGGGCGAGCGUGGAGAACGCGCGGAACUACAACCAGGGGCUGAUCGACCACGUCGGGCGCGGCACGCCCAAGAGGUCCGGCGCGCUGGAUACCUUCAUCUUCGCCAUGUUCAACGAGAACCAGAAGAGCGGGGAUCCCACGGAGAGGAACUUCGGGCUCUUCUACCCCAACAAGCAGCCCGUGUACUCGAUCCGGUUCCAGUAAGAAGUAGCAUGUCGGAUCGAUCGAUACCAAUAAACCCAUGCUAUGCUAUGCUACGCAUGAAGAUGAUGAUGGGAGAUGCAUGCAUCUUCUAAAUAAUGAUAUGAUUAAGCAGUGGUAAUAAAAGUGCAACGUGCACGUAUGGCGUAUGAAUAAAGGACAAGAUUGUUGCAAUUU